AUGGCGGAUGGGAAGGAAAACGGUUUGGAGGAACUAGAAGCAUCUGAGCUGUGUUGGGAUCCGUCUGAGGUGGACGUCCCCCGAGAGCCAGACCCGACGGCGCAGCACGCGUGGGAGAGUCAACCACAAGAAGCCUCUGAAGAACCAAGCGACGACUCCCGUGGACGCCCAUCACCAAGAAAGGGUGGACGGCUGCAGGCCUGCCAUGGGAGCCGCGCGACAAAGAGGACCUACAGCUGCGGCAAGAGUGGGAAGAACGUCGCUGGGGCCAUGGACAAGGGCCUCUAUAGCUGUCCCGACUGCGGGAAGAUCUUCAGUCGGAGGUCCUUCCUCAUCCCCCACCAGCGCAUCCACACCGGUGAAAAGCCCUUCACCUGCCACGAGUGCGGGAAGGGUUUCCGAAUUGGGUCAGCUCUCAACAAGCAUCAACGGAUCCAUACGGGCGAGAAACCCUACAAGUGCUCGGACUGCGGGAAGCGGUUCCGCCUCACCUCCACCCUCAGCACCCAUCGGAAGACCCACACCGGGGAGAAACCCUACGUCUGCCUCAUUUGCGGGAAGACCUUUCGGUUGAGCGCGUAUCUGCUGGCCCACGAGGCCACCCAUAGCGUGGACAACCCUUUUCGGUGUCUUGCGUGCGGGAAGAACUUCAGCUUGAGACGGUACCUGGCCAUUCACCAGCGCAUCCAUACGGGAGAGAAGCCGUUCAAGUGCUCGGUGUGCGGGAAGGGCUUCAACCGGAGAUCGAUCCUCAUCGUUCACCAGCGCGUCCAUACCGGGGAGAAACCCUACAAGUGCCCCGAAUGUGGGAAGAGCUUCAUCAUGAGUUCAGACCUCGUCGCCCAUCGGAGAAUCCACACCGGGGAGAAACCCUACAGCUGUCUCAACUGCGAUAAAAGCUUUCGGUUGAGCUCCCACCUUACGAGACACCAGCGAAGCCACACCGGGGAGAGACCGUACAAAUGUCUGGAUUGCGGGCAAAGCUACACGGACAGCUCCGGACUCAUCAAACACAAGAAGAUCCACGCCGGAGAGCGACCCUAUAGAUGCUCCAAGUGCGAGAAGACCUUCAGCCACAGCGCAACCCUGCUGAAACACCAACGAAUCCAUACGGGGGAGAGACCCUUCAAGUGUCCCGACUGUGAGAAGUGCUACAACGAUGGCUCAACCCUUCGGAGACACCGGAGGAGCCACACCGAGGAGAAACCCUAUAAGUGCCCCAGUUGUGGGGAAUGUUUCGGUGCCAUCGCAGCUCUCCUGAAGCACCAGCGGUUCCACACCGAGGGGAGACCUUACAGAUGCUCCGACUGCGGGAAGAAUUUCCACUCUAAUUUCCUCCUCGUCACCCACCAACGAAUCCACACGGGGGAAAAACCCUAUAGCUGCCCCAUCUGCAAAAAAACCUUCCGCCAAGCCUCCCACCGUACGAGGCACCAGGAGAUUCACAGGAGGACCAGGGCUGACGUUGCUUUGCGUGAUGGGUCCGAGCACCACAUGCGGAAAGGAAAGACCCGGCACGGAGCGGGAGCAGAG